UAAACCAGACACAAUUGGAAGGAUGGUUGCUCCCAUCAUGCUUUGCAGUAGGAAGCAGGAAGACAGCGGAGGCAUUUCAUGAGCAAGCAGCAGAAAAGUGGCGGCAGAAAUGACCACAGAGUGAUGGUGAAUGAGGAGCCACCGCCAAGAGAGGCAUGGCCAUUGUCCUCUGCAAGAUGCACUGGAGCUGCUGCAGAGCUGCGGGGAGAGGAGCGUCGGCUGGCUGGAAGAGUCUUGCAGAGGGAAUCCGGGAGUGAAGCACGUGAAACCAGAGGAUUGCGACCAGGACCGAGCCAUGGCAAGACUAAGCACCCUAGGAAGAACAACGAACUGGCGUCGACUUAUGGUCCACAAGAUUCUUAUGAAGGCGGAGGCAAUGAUGAGCAGCUCAGCUGACAUCCACAUCAUCUAAUACUCCAUCGCCACCCUCCACCUUCUCUUCCUUCUCGCAACAAUGGAUGAAGUCUCCAAAGUCACAGAAACUCCACUGGCGCCGCCGCCUCUCUUGGCGCGGCGGGCUCGUCAGCCGCAGCCGGCCAUUUCAGUCGUCAAGUCCAAGCUGAGAAAAAAUCUGACAUGCUCUGCAUCAAAAGUCCAGAAAACCCUGACAAGCUUCUUCCCCGUGGUGCGCUGGCUGCCUAAGUACAAGCUGAAGGAGUACGUGUGGGGGGAUGUCAUGUCCGGAAUGAUCGUCGGUAUCAUUUUGGUGCCGCAGGCUAUAGCCUAUUGUCUGCUGGCAGGAGUGGAACCCAUCUACGGCCUGUACACCUCAUUCUACGCCAACAUCAUUUACUUUCUCAUGGGGACCUCCAAACACGUUUCUGUGGGCAUCUUCAGCCUCAUGAGCCUCAUGGUUGGACAGGUGGUGGACAGAGAGUUGUUUCUGAGUGGUUUUGACCUCAAUGAUGACCCCACAUCCAAAGCUGACAGUUUCAACCUCACUGAUGAUGACCCCCACACGGUGGACCUCAUGGGCAUUCCAUGCAGCAAGGAGUGCUAUGCCAUCAGCAUCGCUGCAGCAGUCACAUUCCUGGCUGGCGUCUAUCAGAUCAUGAUGGCGGUGUUCCAGCUCGGAUUUGUCUCUGUGUACCUUUCAGCUCCAAUGCUUGAUGGCUUUGCCACGGGGGCCUCUUUCACCAUUCUGACCGUGCAGGCCAAAUACCUGUUGGGCCUGAAGAUUCCUCGUCACCAUGGUUACGGCACGGUGCCCGUCACCUGGUUCAACAUCUUUGCCAACAUUCACAAGACCAAUGUGUGUGACCUUAUCACAAGUGCCAUCUGUAUUUCAAUUUUAGUUGCAGGAAAAGAGAUCCAGGACCGUUACAAGAAUCGCCUGAAGAUCCCGCUUCCAACAGAGCUGGUGGUGGUGGCAGGAGCCACCCUGGCCAGCCACUUUGGAAAGCUAAACUCCCGCUACAGCUCCAGUGUAUCUGGUCACAUACCCACAGGAUUUAUCCCUCCAAGCGUGCCUGCUUUCAGUCUGAUGCCACGUGUGGCUCUGGAUGCCAUUCCUUUGGCAGUCAUCAGCUUUGCAUUCACAGUGUCGCUGUCUGAAAUGUUUGCCAAGAAACAUGGCUACACGGUUCGGCCCAACCAGGAGAUGGUGGCCAUCGGCCUUUGUAACGUCAUCCCUUCAUUCUUCCACUCCUUCACGACUAGUGCAGCAUUAGCAAAAACCAUGGUGAAGGACUCAACUGGCUGCCAGACUCAGGUUUCAAGUUUGAUAAGUGCCCUGGUGGUCCUCCUGGUUCUGCUCUUCUUUGCUCCUUUCUUCCACGCUCUGCAGAAAUGUGUCCUCGCUUGCAUCAUCAUUGUUAGUCUUAGGGGGGCACUGAGAAAGUUUAAGGAGGUUCCAGCUAAGUGGCGUGCCAGCAAAAACGACGCCAUCGUCUGGUUGAUAACCAUGUUUGCCACAGCUCUAAUCAGUGUGGAGUUAGGUUUGCUCGUUGGAAUCAUCUUCUCUAUGGUUUGUAUCAUCUUUAAGACCCAAAAUCCAAAGUUUUCUCUCCUGGGUCGAGUCAGUGACACUGAUCUUUAUGAGGACCUGGAAGAGUACACUGGCUUAACACCACCACCUCAAGUUCACAUCUUCCGCUUCCAGGCACCUCUCUACUACGCCAACAAAGAGUCUUUCCUCAAGUCCCUCUACAAGGCGGUGGGCGUGGAACCUUUCCUGGAGCUGACCAAAAGGAGGAAGGCAGAGAAGGCCAAAGGGAAGUCUUCAAAGCAGGCUAAGGCAAACAAAAAGAACGGUGACGUGUUUAUAGGGCCGAUCCACAAAGAGCUGGACUUCCACACCAUUGUUUUAGAUUGCUCUGCCAUUCCUUUCAUAGACUCAUCUGGCACGGCUACCCUUAAAGUACUGGUCAAGGAAUACAAAGACAUCGGUGUGAGCGUGCUCCUUGCCUGUUGUAAUGCCUCAGUCAUUGACGCUUUGAGGAAAGCACAGGUGUUUGGGAAGAAUGACAGAGAGAUGAGCAGCCUUCUGUUUUAUACAGUCCAUGCUGCAGUCUUCCACGCAGGUCAGGAACAUGCAGAAGCAGCAGAAGGAAAGUCUGAGGACUCUCUGUUCUAGAUUGGUUGGUCACUGCCGCUCCUUUUCCUGACAAAUUUUCUGCCUUUCUUUACACUGAAGUGAAAGGAAAUGAAAGGGGAGACAAAUCUAACACACUUUCAGGUUUGUGUCUCAGCAAUUACCUGCAACCUAUAUACAGUUGCUGAGCUCAGACACUGAAAAAUACCACACACCUAACACUUGUAGACAAUAAUUGGUUGCAGUCUUGCUGAACUAUAGCUACGGUGGUCCAAAAACCUUUUAGCACAACUUGAAGAUCUUUAUUGACAUCUGUAGAGGAUAACAGAUGGUGAUGCAUCUGCAAAUGCGUUGACUGUAGAUGAGAACAGGAUUGAGUAACCCCUCCCCCGUCGCGUUCCAAACAGGAAGUACCUGCUAGGUCCAAGAAACCAAAAUCCCACAGACGUCAAUAGAGAAAUAAACAGCUAUCGCUCUGUCAUAUUUGUCA